AUGGAGAGUACCUUUAGUAGUGUGUUCUUACAUCAAUCAAGUCUGCCUGCAACCUCACUUGCCAAGAUCGUGUAUUGUGCAAAGCGGUUUCUCUUUCUGCAAACGUUGCUCCACUUCCUCCUCCGGUUUGGCACAUCACUGGACGCCAUAACUACCGGCCAAAAUAUUAGAGAUGGACCAGACGGUGGUGAGGUUUUAGUCUCUAGCGGAGAAAUCUUUUCACUUGGUUUCUUUACUCCUGGCAAGUUCACCCACCACUAUGUUGGGAUUUGGUAUUAUAGGCCUCCAGGAAAAACCGUGGUAUGGGUUGCAAACAGAGACACGCUUAUUAACGACACUUCUGGAGUUCUCUCAAUUGAUGCUCAUGGAAACCUGGUACUCCACGCCAACAAUGGGAGCACACCCAUUUGGUCGACAAAUCUUGUCUCGAAAUCAGGAAACAAUAGUACUCUCGCUCAGCUCGAGGACUCGGGAAAUCUAGCCUUGAUCAGUGACAAUGGAACAAGGGAGGUAUUAUGGGAAAGCUUUGACCAUCCAACAAACACCCAGCUUCCAAAAAUGAAAAUCAGGAUUGACCGGAGGACGGGUCUGAACCGGGUCCUAACAUCUUGGAAGUCCAAAGAUGACCUGGGGACUGGAAAUUGGUCGUACAAGAUCCACACCAACGGCACCCCUCAGUUGUUCUUGUACAACAAACACGUUCUACGGUGGCGCUCCGGUCAUUGGAUUGGCCUUGGAUGGAGCGGCGUACCCACCUUGGAAGGCACUGUUCUCUUCAAUUUCAGCUUGGUGGACAACCAGAGUGAGACUACCGCGGUCUAGAGCAUCGCCACUCGCUACAAUGUAAUCUUAUCAAUGUUA